CGCGGUGAGAGAGGUACGAAGUUAUGUGUACGGAAUUGAAGAGAGAAAGAGCGGCGGGAUCGGGAUCGGGAUCGGGAUUGGGACGGAGAUGUUGAGAAUGAGGUUCGUCUAUGCAAGCCGCGGAGGAAAGGACGUAAGCCGGUUGCGUCAUUGUUUUGUAAUUCUUCGAUUUUGAAUAAUUACAAAUUACAAUUGCCACGAACACGACGACAAGAAGGAGAAAGGGAGAACGGAGGACGUGCCGAGCAUGGAUGGUCGCUUCUCUAGACACCACGUAUCUAAGUCAAAGGUGCGAGGACUUCAUCGAGAAUGGCAUUGCCACACAUUUGUCAAGCAUGCUCUUGAGUUCUUCGAGAAGUAUACGGACGACCUGGUUCGCGACGUUUGCGAGCAGAGUAGUAUGCCAUGGGUAGAAGACCCUGAUGAUGUUCCGUUCUUGUGGGAGGACGUUCUGGAACCCUCAGAGUUAUGGGAGGGCUUGCGCCACUUCCUCAUUCAGAACCAUACUUCAGAGCUGCUGGAGAGUUGUUUCGCUCGUUGCGGAAUGAACUUGAGACGUGAGAGUGAUAAUGAUAUUGUCAGGAGACUCUAUGGCUAUGGCAAACAGUUGCACGAACCCACUUAUGGUUAUGACGAGGUAUGGUGUAUUCUCACGAUUCUACACCAGAUCGAUUUCGAUCUCGUUGGCUUGGAUGCUCGGCCUUUCCCUCUGCGAAUGUUGUUGUUGGAGGACAAGCCAAAAGACCAUCACAGAGUGUAUUGGUUCGCUGAGGUAAGGGAUCGGGAAACUGGAGCCCUGGUUGCAGAUGCCAUCAAGUUAACUGAAGGUGGGGCCUUCCACUGGAGUCUUCAAACGGAAAAAAUGUUCAAUGGACCUUUUUUCUACCACGGCCAUACUAGUAGGGCACUGCAUUCGGAACUCACUCCUGAACAGUUGAAAUCUCUGAAAGCCUCGUUCUGCCGUCGUAACUCCAUCGUCUAUUCUACCCAUUCAGAGUUUGAAUGUGUGAUUUCCCUCGCUGCUAACUUGGCGCUGGUGUGAGGACGACAGAUGGUUCUACGAAGUUGUGGAUGAGUACCGCCUUCGACCAUCUUUGCUGAAAGAUGUGAUGGAUUUCCAAUGCAAACACUUUAGACGAAUCCUCAAGGGCACAAUUUGGCAGAAUCUACCGCAGGACUUGGUCAUACGCAUCGUCCAGUUACUGCCACGGCGAUGUACUAUAAGUCCGACUUGGUAAGGAAUUGUGCAAGAUGUCGACAGAGUGGUUGCCUCUUCGUCUUCUUCGUCUUCCUCUGAGAUGCUGCUGUCAGGGUGGUAUGCAUACUAGUACCUCAGAGUUCCCAAUGAAACUGUGCCUCCAGG